GUUGCAUUUUCUCUCUACCCAAUCAACCAUCCCUUUUUUUUUUCACCCCCACCACCUCCCACCAUAAAGCAAAAGCAAACCCAAUAUAACAAAGAGAAAUAGAGAAAAAGAAAGAGUCUUUCACUCUCUUUUGUUGCUGAGGUGAGAAAAUUAGUCUUAAAGACAAAAAGAAAGACUUUGAAGCAAAUGCACUUUGCACAAAUACAAAAGCAAAUUCCUCUCACCAUAGCCUUAUUUUUCACUCCAACAUUCUUUCUCUCAAUUCUUCUUCAUCUAUUAGCCAAAAAAAGAGAGCAUUUGAGAUACAAUGGAAAUGACCUCAAGAAUUCAAGAUAGAGAGAACCCAUCUUCAAUAAACUCACCAAGAAGCAAUGGAACAAGUCCAAACAGCAACAGCAAUGGAUCAGUAAUCCAAAAUCCAACCCCACCACUGACCCCAAAAACAAUCUCUAGAUCUGAAACAAACAACCCUUACCCAACAACUUUUGUACAAGCUGAUACUUCUUCCUUUAAACAAGUUGUUCAAAUGCUCACUGGUUCCUCUGAAACUGCAAAACAAGCAGAUCCAUCUUCAUCUUCAUCUUCCAAUAAAGGGACCAUUCCUCCUAUUAGAACUGCUCCUAAAAAACCCGGUUUCAAGCUCUACGAAAGAAGAAACAGUUUAAAAAAUGGGCUAAUGAUUAGCCCUUUGAUUCCUGGGCUUCAUUCAGCCCAUAAUUCAAGUAGUUUUUCACCUCGGAACAAGCCCGAGAUUUUAUCGCCCAGUAUUCUUGAUUUCCCUUCGCUUGCUUUAAGCCCAGUUACGCCAUUGAUCGAAGACACAUUUAACAAGUCAUCUCCGUUGAGUAAUCUUUCAGAAGAGGAUAAAGCUAUUGCUGAGAAGAAGUUUUAUAUGCAUCCUUCGCCAAGGAGAACGCCUAGAGAUUCUGAGCCACAGCUUUUGCCGUUGUUUCCAGUAACUUCUCCUAGAGUUUCAGGGUCUUCUUCUUCUUGAGGAUUAUGUGGAUUUGUUUUAAUGUUCUGUGAUUGUGCUGAUGUGAGUACGAGGAUUGAGAGACUUUGUUGGAGGAGUAGUCUUUCAACUAAUUUGAAGAGAAAAAGGUAGAGAUCUUAAUUGUUUCAAUUGUAUAAUUUGAUCUCCUCCCUUUAUCCAUUGUUUCAAAAAGAGCUUUAAAAGACAGAAAUAAACAACUUUGUUCCAUUCUCCUUUUUCCUU